AUGUUAUUAUUAUCUAAUUUUAUUGGCGGGAAAUUUGCUUCUCUUAAAGAAGAAACUUACAUUGACAGUUAUAAUCCCUCGACAGGAAAAGUUUAUGCAAGAAUUCCAAAUUCUACAGAGUACGAAAUUAAUUUAGCGGUUGAAGCAGCUCAAAAAGCGUUUCAAACAUGGUCGAAAACUUCCCGCUCAACAAGAGCUCAAAUCAUGUAUAAAAUUGCUGACAUACUUGAAUCAAAAUUGAAUGAAUUCGCAAUAGCAGAAUCAAUAGACCAAGGAAAAACUUUGGAAUUCGCAAAGAAUGUUGACAUUCCAAGGUCUAUUUAUAACUUUAGAUAUUUUGCCGGUCAUAUCCUACAUACUGAAGAAAAAUCUACUGUUAUGGAUAAUAUAGCUUUGAAUUAUAUUCAAAGAUCUCCUUUAGGCGUCGCUGGACUAAUCUCUCCAUGGAAUUUACCCUUGUAUCUGUUAACCUGGAAAAUUGCUCCAUGUAUCGCAGCUGGUUGCACCUGUGUAGCAAAACCCAGCGAAUUUACCAGUGUGACCGCGUACAUGCUUUGUGACGUUUUCAAACAAGCUGGUUUGCCUGAAGGUGUGGUUAACAUAAUAUUUGGCACAGGGUCAAAAGCCGGACAAGCACUUGUGUCUCAUCCUAAAGUACCUUUGAUUUCCUUUACUGGUGGCACCGUAACCGGGAAAAAGAUUAAUGAAACUUGUGCGCCAUUAUUCAAGAAAGUUUCUUUGGAACUAGGUGGAAAGAAUGCUAAUAUUAUAUUUGAAGAUUGUGAUUUUGAAAAAACCGUUGAUACAAGCAUAAGAGCCGCGUUUUCUAAUCAAGGAGAGAUCUGUUUAUGUGGGUCACGAAUAUUUGUACAAAAAUCAAUCUAUCCGAAAUUCCUUGAUGCGUUUAUUUCACAAGCACGCCAAUUAGUGGUUGGAGAUCCAAAAGAUCCUAAAACUAAAGUUGGCGCAUUGAUUAGCAAGCAGCACAUGGAAAAGGUUCUUAAAUAUAUUGAAUUGGCAAAAGAAUAUGGUGGCAUUAUCGAAUGUGGUGGAAUAAGAAAAAAACUUGAUGGAGAAUUCAGUGAUGGAUAUUUUGUUGAACCAACUGUAAUCACAAAUAUUAAAUCGUCUUGUCGUGUUGCACAGGAAGAAAUCUUUGGACCGGUAAAGGAGGCCAUUAACUUGGCUAAUGACAAUCAAUAUGGUUUAAGUUGUUCUAUCUGGAGUGAAAAUGGAAGGCGUGCUCGUCGAGUUGCAGAAUCUAUUCAAGUUGGAUAUGUGUGGGUUAAUUGUUGGAUGGUUAGAGACUUGAGAGUACCUUUUGGUGGAGUAAAGAAGAGUGGUAUUGGAAGAGAAGGUGGAGAAUAUAGCAUGAAUUUUUUCACAGAACAGAAAACCAUUUUAAUUAAUUUAAAAGCAUUGAAAUUACACCGUUAUCGCGUUGAGUUAGUUGUAUCGGAUGAAAGAUGUGAAAUUGGCCCUCCCAUAGGCAAUGCUAAUGUUUAUAAUUCAAAUACAAGUAUGUUAAGGGAUGAUAAUAACAAAGAUUCUUUACAAUCUUUUAAUUUAUCAGCUUUUUUUUCAUUAACUGGUAACGUGGUAGCGGUGUUUGAUGAAAUGUUUGAACAUCUUUUGACGGUCCUGAAGCUUGGAGGAUUUUUGGGUAAAGAUUCAUCGGGAUUAUUUGUGAAGCCCUUCAUAAAUCAUUUCAUUAUGGACCAAAUAAUGUUUCAACAACCUGUCAGUUAUCAACAUACAAAACAAGAAACGGGAACAAUGUCGCUCAGCGAUAGGUUCACUUUAAUUAAAUUGCAAAAACGUGAUAUUUCUAAUGAUAAAUCGGUUAAUCGAAAAUGGAACCGGGAAAAACUUCAAAAGAACUUCAGGGUUGGACAAGCAAUAGAAGGUCGAUCCGUCUUUAGUCGAAUCGGUGCCGUCACAUCAUCUACAUUUUCUAUCAACCAUAAAAAUCUAAAUGGAUGUAUGAAUACGGAAGAGAUUCAGGAUUUCGGAUCAAUUAUUGAUGUUGGAAAUAAGAAAAUGAAUGGAAAUAGAUCAAAUCAUGUAGAUUUUAAUUCAAACCUUUUUGUCAUUCAUGAAGAAGAUGGUACGUAUUCUGAAUUAAAGUUGGAAUUUGAAGAAGAUAAUAAGGAAAAAGUAGAGGUUUUGGCACCUAAUUUUCAACUUGAUCCAGCAACAAAGAGAAUAUCAAGGAUAUUACCAAAGAAAAGAAAGUUUACUGUGGAUAUAAAUGAACUCGAUAGAGAACUUGAAGAAUAUAUGAUUGCGGCACCUCGCAAAACACCUCCCAUUCCUCCUCCAGAUAUAAAGAAUAAUAUAGAUGAUGAUUUAAUCGAUCUGAUCGACUUUGAUAUUGAUUUUAUGGACAUGGAUGCAUGA